GAGGAGGAGGAGGAGGUGGAGGAGGAGGGUAGACUGUCUACAUAAAUCAUCCCGGAGCAGAGACAUGUUAUGCUGGAGCUGACCCAGAAAGUGAAUUUUUCCCCUCAUGAGCUCACUCUGCAGAAACCUCAACUCCAAACUCUCGCGGUGCUUCGCGUGCUCCCGCUCCAUCUCCAAGAAAAAAAGGGGACUGCUCGCAUCACAGGCUCAGCUGACGCGGCGCUGGGAGCUCGCGGGCACAAAAAGAGGGUGCUGCAGGCGUGGAGCAGAGGUGAGACUUUAUCCAUGGAUGACCAGUCACACUCCUGUACAGCACACUCCUGCAGUGCAGCAGCAUCAUGAUAAGCCCGCCACAGACUCUGCUCUAGCUGCCGUCUAUCUAUCGCCAUGGUGAGAGAGAGAGCUCCUGGACCUUGACUCUGUUGCCAUGGUGACCCUGUAGCAAGAACCCUAUAACUCCAAUCUGUUGCCCCGGCGAUCACAUAUAAAAACUAUUUCAAUCUGCUGCCAUGGUGACGCUGUAAACGCCUUAUCAAGUCAUAGUCAGUUGCUAUGGUGAUCCUGUAGCGAGCAGCAGUCGCCAUGGGAACGUCCAGGAUGUUCCGCAUCUUUGUCGUCCUGGGCUCGGCCUUCAUGAUCCUCCUGAUCAUCAUUUACUGGGACGAUGUCGGAGCCUCGCACCUGUAUUUGCACACUCCUGUGUCGCCGGGCCCCAAGAUCCCGCAUCACCCUCCUCACCAGGGGCCUCAGACCUCCCGGACCCCGUCCUUCCUGUCCGACAUCGACGCCUUCGUAAACCAGUUCUUAGAGCCGGGAACUGGGGAGCCCACAGACCCUGCGCCACCUGAUACAAGUAACCAAUCGGAGAAAGCAGAGGAGCGGUAUAUACCGAGGCGGGAGUGGAAAAUUCACCUGACUCCAGUGGCAACUGAGCUCCGUGAGAGACAGGAGCAGCGGCGGAAGUUGCUUCAGGAGAUGUGUGCUAACGACAGCGUGGUGUUUCCUGGCAAAAACCGUUCGUUUGACGACAUUCCCAACAGGGAGCUGGAUCACCUUAUUGUGGACGACAGGCACGGUAUCAUCUACUGCUAUGUUCCCAAGGUUGCGUGCAGUAACUGGAAGCGCAUCAUGAUAGUUCUCAGCGAAAGCCUGCUGAGGGACGGUGUUCCCCAGAGAGACCCGAUGGCCAUCCCCAGAGACCUGGUCCACAACAGCAGCAUGCACUUUACCUUUAACAAGUUCUGGAAACGUUACGGCAAGUUUGCGAGGCACCUCAUGAAGGUGAAGCUGAAGAAGUACACCAAGUUUAUUUUUGUGCGGGACCCCUUUGUGCGCCUCAUCUCAGCCUACCGCAACAAGUUCGAGCUGCGCAACGAAGACUUCUACCGGCGCUUUGCACAGGUCAUGCUGCGUCGCUACGCCAACCAGCCGACGCCCCCUGCCUCUGUGGACGAGGCGUUCGGCGUGGGCAUCCAUCCCUCCUUUUCCCACUUCAUCCAGUACCUCCUGGACCCUCAGACAGAGAAGGAGAUGCCCUUUAACGAGCACUGGCGGCAGGUGUAUCGGCUUUGCCAUCCAUGCCAGAUUCAGUAUGACUUUGUGGGCCACCUGGAGACGGCGGAGGAGGAUGCCGAGCACCUACUGCGCCAGCUGCGGGUGGACAACGUGGUGGAGUUCCCCACCUCCCAUAGGAACCUCACAGCCAGCAGCUGGGAGGCUGAUUGGUUCAGCACAGUGCCUGUGGAGGCGCGGAGAGAACUCUACAAGCUGUACGAACCUGACUUCAGGCUCUUUGGCUACGACAGACCAGACUCGGUCCUCAAUGAGUGACUCGUGUUUCUACUAAACUGACCCAGGCACACACAGACAAACCAUUUUUUAUGUAAUGAGAUAAUGCUACACUCCAGCAACAGUGACACCUCCCCCUUGUUCUGGGCUUUGCAGAUGUGUUCUCCAGUCCUGUCUGUUGUACACUGAAUGUGCACAUUGUUAGGGACGCUCCAAGAAAGCACACUGAUGAGGUGAAUCCAGGUUAACAGCCAUUAUCAAUUAUGAAAUCACAAAGAUAACAAGAAGCACACAAGUUAGAGUUGUGCAAACAGCACGUGUCCCUUACAUGUUGCACAUUCAGUGUAGUCCCUAAGGUGCUGUGUGUAACUCUGGAGAAAGAUAGCUCACUGUCGAGUCUCAUUUCUAGGUCAUCAGAUACUGACGCUUUGGGUUGGUAGUCGGACCCAAGCAGCAACCCAAAGCGUCAGUAUCUGACAACCUGGGAAUGAGACUCAACAAUCAGCCAUCUUUCUCCAGAGUUACACACAGCGCUUCUAAGUGAGUGUCUAGCACUCGCAACGCUGAUGUCACGCCACGCCUGUCAUUUGUGACGUCACAGUCGUGCUGUGACCAACUGUGACGAUCACACAGGCUUUGUAGCAGGACGCCGAAGUGAUGUCACGGAGCCAUACUCUGUUUGCGAUGUCGUAGAAACCCGUUUGGUCAUGACACAGAUGCAGCGGACGGCGGGUGAUUAGUUACAACAAGGUGUUACUAGAUAUUAGUUUUAAAGGAAUAGUUCACCCACAAAAUGAUCACUUGUAUGUCAGUAACUCACCCUGUGGUCAGACAGACAAUCCAGGAACAAAAAAAAAAUCUUGAACUGGAGUAAAAGGAGGCCGUGUUCAACAACUUUAUCAGAACAUCAUCUUACAAAGUCUCAAUUCUGCACGAGUGGCGUGCACACUACUCGACUGUUUAUGCGCAAGUGUUUUACAGAGCAUACGACUAGAUUUCAAUCCGGAGAGACUCGUUUUUUUGUUGCAGAAAGAAUAUUUAUUAACGUGCAAAUAAUAAACAUGUGGAAAGUCUUUGGUGAUUAGACCCCGUAGAGAUGGUGUGAUUUAAGGAGGGUGAUGAAUCCAUAGUCGAAUAGGGAACCCCCGGGGUCUAGACACUGGUGGUGGUAGAGGUGGUGAAGAUGAGAUGGAGAAGUGCCGAUGAUCUGGAUGAGUAGAGGAAUGAGUCUUUGUUGAGCUUGUCCUGGACUCUGGAUACGAUGGCUGGAGGUGAGCAAGGUGGAGGAGGGCGCGAAGAUUCUGCCUAAAAUGAUGGCUGGCAGCAGCAGAGGAGAGAGCAGAAAAUUUUGCAGUGCUUUCCUGAUUGGCUGAUAGAGAUCGUGGUUAAGUUUGAUUGGAUAACUAGAAGAGUGAACACCCAUAGUCAGCUGAUUAGAGGAAGUAGUGAGAGUGGGAUGGAAAGAGUUGUGAAUGGAUGAGCACAAAGAAAGUCUUCCUGAUUGAACUUGAGCGUCGUAACACAAACUAAAGCUCAGUUCAGACCAAAGAUUUGUGACCAGACGAAACCGCUUUAGAACGUUGGAGAGAAAAGUUGCAGCGGUGUGAACUCGACUCAAGCAGGCUGAUGGUGUCACCUGCAACUCUGUUGGUCAAAUCGCAGUGGCUGGUUUUAGAACGUAAAGCACGUCACCUGUUUCUGGUCAAGUCAAAAUGACCGCAGACGGCGUGUUCGCUUGCUGCAGCAGGUGGUCCAUCCCUGCCGAGCCCUCUGUUUCCAUCCUACCAGUGUGCCGGUGUCGGAUGGUGGGCUGCUGCUGCUUGCUGUAUGUGCUUAUGCCCUCCUACAAACACACAUUCUCAUUGACUGAUUAAUUGGCGCUGCUUACUUGUAUUAUUGUGGCAUAUUUGUCAUGAAUACAGUCCAUCUGAUGCUGGUUUUGUUUCUGUUUUUCAUAGUUUCAUCACCACUACAAAUGCAGCUGUAGCCAGUAUCUCACUAGCCAUGUUUCCAUCAGCCUGUUUAGAUGCGCAUCUAGAAGUAUCGCAUUGGAAAAUUAUGAUGGAAACGCCAAAAUUCGAAUUAAAAUCCCCUGAUUCGCACAAACUAAAAUACGCUCGCUUUAGCCAGGUUUUGGUUGAUUCGAAAAAAUGUUGAUUCGCAAAACGGGGGAUGGAAACAGUUAUGUUUGAAUUAAGUCUGACGUAGCGCACCUCUCUCCAUGGUGAUAUCCACACUCCGGGUCGGGAAGGCAGUAAUGCAUUUACAAGCUGGUUGCCAACCGCCAGAAAACGUAGAAGAAGAAGAAUGCAAGACUUGUUUUGUUUCUGCAGAAAACUCGCGUGAGUUUGUAGUUUUCACCAAAGUCCGUACAUUUAAUGGAAACACACAGGAUUCGUAUUUCUUUUAAUGCGCAUUUCCCAAUGAUUCAAAUCACUUUUGGAUGGAAACAUAGCUACUGUCACUGUCCUCACUCAUAUUUUAAGAAGCUACAAAUUAUAUUCAGCCACAAAAUAAACCUGAAAAGCUGCAAAUCAGUACAGAAGCACAGAGAGUUGUUACAUAGAGGUGAUACACCAUCAUCUAGUUGCAUUGGUGUGAACUGGCAGGUUUUAAGAACGUUGCAGAACGGCGCAUUGCAAGAAGUUGCCUGUUUCAACUCGUCUCGUCGAGAAUCUUUGGUGUGAACUGGGCUUAACUGAUCGAGGCAGUGGUAGACCAGCAACUCCCCUUUUCAGCGAGGUAAAGUUACUGUUUUAUGGAUGGAGUCUGGCUUAGAGAAGUUUCACUUUCCGGUCAGUUGUCUGUCGGAAAACGUUGUCCUGUUUGGGAAGUACUCAGCACACGACUUGGAUUGUACGGCACAAGUUGUGUGAGAGUAUGUAAAUGGAUGUUUUGAAUGUUCUGCACUUCCGGAUUCUUUAAUCGCCACAGAGUCACGCAAGAAAAGCUGAUUUUUUUUUCACGAAUUUAACGUAACACAUGGUGAGUAAUUGACAUACAAAUGAUCAUUUUGUGGGUGAGGUGUUCCUUGAAGUGUAGUUGCACUAGAGUAUUAGUUGUCGUCUAAUUUAUUUCACAUUGUGUAAGUGCAAUGUUUAUGUCAAGCAUGAAAGGGAUUUUUAUGUGUUUAAAAAUACACAGUAAUGACAGCUAUCGGCACCAGAAACAGGUAGAAGUCUUUUAUACCUCAUACUCAGAUUAAGAGGAUACUCGUAUGUUAUGUAACACAUACUGCAAACCCUACUGCUUCUCCAGACCUGGCUCAUUAGGCUUCACAGUGGAGGUUAUAUUAAUAGAAACAUUUCAGACAACAUGUUAGCAGCUUGCUUUAUUCGACCAGUUUAAAAACAUGUUAUCUCAUCAUAUAGAAGCACAGCAGCUCCAGUGAGCGUCAGACUGCACAGCUCGAUUUGUCUCAGCUUGUCUUUGAGGCACAAAACUGGAGUUUCGACAUUCUUUUGAUUUAAUCUCAGCUGGAUGUACACAGGUGAGCCGCUGUGUAUUUAAACUAACUGUUUUUCAAAGGGAACAUUUUCUUUAAUUGCUCUGUUGUGCCGCCACGGCACCGUUAUCAUCAGCAUUUGAUCACCUUUGUGUUUCCAUGCACAGACUGCAGUUAUUAACACUGACCUACAUUGGGUAACCCUGGAGACUGCAACAGCAUUGUUGUUCCCCUCCAAAAAUGAUGAACAUGUUUUUUUUUUUUACUUUUCAAGGGCAGCAUUUUCACGGGGCGCAGUAUUUUGUAGCAAGGAGCUGAGCACAUUUCAUGAAGACGACAGGGAGUGUUUUUUAGUAUGUGCAGUGAGAAUACGUCACUCCAAGAGCUGGGUUGGUGCAAGAUGAGGCUAUGGUCAGUAUAAAAGAAAUACGUCACCUCCAAAAUGGACAUUUCUGCAUCAAUGUCACACCCUUUCAUUGAGCUCACCACGAGCCUCCACGGUGAACGAAGAAUCCAAAAACUGCCCCCGACUAAGAAAUUUCCUAGUCGACCAAUAGUCAUCAUUUAGGGCCGUUACUCGACUAGUCUCCUGCAUGUUUAUGAUAUAGAUUUGAUUAUUAAAUGAUUUAUUUUGGUGGUUUGAGUUGCAGGUACUAAUGAACCUUCAUUAAUAUAGGCCUAUAUUUUAUCUCCAAGUGCACGCCACACACUGAGCGAGCCACCUGUUAAUGACGCUGUGGGCUAAUGGGCAUGUAGCUACUUCCAUGUUUCAGAUGAUACGUCAUGUUUGUAGUCGACCAAUGAAGAUGAGUUUACAUAUCACCUUGGGUUUGUCCUUCACCUUCUCAAAAUGAUCCCACACUUUGGAUUUCCUGCCCGACAUGUUAUUAACUAGCCUGUGGAAUAACCGCAGGUACCAGCCCUGGAAAUUAACCUGACUCCUGUCUGACUGCUGAGCGUGGACACUUCCUGUGUCUGUCCUUGCAGAUUAAAUUCCCACAUGGUCCAGUCAUAUAGGUUUGGAUUUAUUCUUGAAGGUGCAGCUCCUAAUAGAGUUUCAUGUUUUUUUUCUCUGCGACAAAACAACCAAUGAAAUCUUGACCUUUCUGGCUGACUAGCGUUUAGUCGACUAUUAGGGGGCAGCCCUAGUCAAAACAUCCUUUUACAAACUCUCACAAAACUCGCACAGUAUAGUCCAAGUUUCAUUUAUCUAUUCAUAUGCUCAAUUCUUCCCAAACAGACAGCCCUAUCUGACGGGUAACUGAACUAAGAGUGAAACUUACCUAUGCUCUCUUCAGUGCCAGACUCCAUUGAGAAAAACAGUAAUUUUACCUCCCUGAAUGUAGGAGCUGCAGGUCUACCUCUGCCUCGAUCAGUGAGUUUGUUUGUGUUAUUGUGUGACUUUGGUGAAUCUGAUCUAACCCGUUAAGGCACCAAAGUCACACAAAAACACAAACUGCCUAACUGACUGAGGCAGCAGUAGUCCAGCAGCUCCGGUGUUCAGCGAGUUUAAAUGACUGUUUUUGUCAAUGGAGUCUGGCAUUGAAGAGAGCAUCAAUAGGUUUCACUUUUAAUUCAGUUGCCGUUGGACAGCACUGUCUGUUUGGGAAGUACUGAGCACACGACUGGAUAAAUGUGACUUUGGGAGUUGUGUGAGAGUUUGUAAAUCAAGCUGAUAUAAGUUUUUUUGGUGUUAAACACUGUCGCCUUUGACUCCAGUUCAUCAGGAACUUUCUGAUUUUGGAUUCUUUGUUCACUGUGGAUGCAUGUGAGAAGAAGUUUCCUUCACAAAUUCGACACAGCACAGAGUGAGUAAUUGAUAUACACGUGGUAAUUUGGUGGGGGGGGGGGUGUUCUUUUAACGUCAGAGUUUCCAUAUAAGGCGAGAUCAUGGUACGAGUCAGGAUGAAUCACAUCAUGAUAUGAGCAUGGAAGGAUAAGAAGAAGAGCGGAAGGAUAAGACAGUGCCUUUGGUUGCAAAAGUUUACACAGCAAAAAAAAAGUAUUUUUGUAGAAGGACUUAAUUUUUACUUUGAACAUAAUACAGUGAGAGCUGUAUGAAGCCGCAGCGAGGUAUAUUUGAUAUACUGGGCCUUGUUUAUCUUGUGUGGUUAUUCUUCGGAAAGAAUAGAAAACAGCAGAGCCCUUCAGCAGAAACUGUCUUUAUGGGACUUUGUAUGAUUCACGACUCUGUGAGGACUCUCUCAGUGUGCUUGUGUCCAGUGCAUUGCUUUGUGUAUCGUUAAAACACGCAGGAAAACUGUGUGGUUUGUACUGUAUGUGAUGUCAUGGACACGUGGCUCUGUGCCACAUUAUUCUGCAAGUCACCGAGAUGUACAUGUUCACACUUGACUCAGUGUUGUCUCACUGCCUUUUGGUUUAUUUGUUCUGUACAAGUGUGGGGCAUUUUGAUUCCUUAAUGACUUAGUCACACCUGGAUAGGAUGGAAUUAUUUAGCUUCUGUGGCUGGAUUUCCCAAAAGUUUGUCAUCAUCACUGGGCGUGUUUUUUCCAUGUUGGUUUAAAUACACACACAGAAAAGUCGUCUCACACUCUCACCUCACCAGUGUUCGGAUUUUUCUUUGGUAUUUUUAUAAUGUUCUUUUGCUGUAUUUUCUUACGUUACUGUCCUGAACCAUGUCCGAAAUUUUAUUCUUGGCUGUAUUUUUUAUUUCUUUAAAAGUGCAAACAACACCGUAAGAUGGAGUGAUUUUGUAAGGGAAAAAGAAACGGUUUAUUUAUUGGUGCAGUAAAACCUAUGAGUACAUGCUGCUUCUGUAAUCGGAAAACCAGUCUUGGAGUGUUUAAAGGUGACUUUGGUAUUUGAAAACCUAGACCAUAUUUUCCCAUGUUUUUGUGUCUCAGUGACUAAGGGGAAAAACAGUUUCAGGGCAUGUGUGUCACAUCCGCUAAACGUGCUUGUUUUUGCCACUAACAAGCUCAAAGUAUUAUUUUAAGUGUCUGUUAACAUUGUGGAAAGGAUCCCUACAGAGAUGGACCUUUUUAAAGAGUAAGAUCCUUUUUGUUUAAUCAGAAACAGCCCUGAAAUCACUAUCGCCAAACCCACCAGACUCCAUUUAAAUAAACAGCAAUUUUAUCACCAUAAAAACACACUUCAUUCAAAGCCGACAGAAACAAAAUGAACCUCACCAAACCAUUUAUCUUUGUCUUUCCUCUGUCUCAACAAACACCAAUUUUAGUUUGGCUGGAAUUAACCCUUAAUUCACCCAGUUAGAUGUGAAAACAUGCUGCCUCUAUACACACUAAAAUUACUGUUUAUUUAAAUGGAGUCUGGUGGGUUUGGCGAUGACGAUUUCAGGGCUGUGUCUGGUUAAACAAAAAGGAUCUCACUCUUUAACAAAAAGGUCUAUCUCUGUAGGGAUCCUUUCCAUAAUGUUGUCAGACACUUAGAAUAAUAAUCUGAGCCUGUCAGUGGCAAAACCAAGCACCUUAAGUGGACGCACGCUGACUGGGACGAUGCCCUGAGUGGUUACAUUGCAGCGAUAGAGAUUUUGGGGCUGUUUCUGGUUAAACAAAAAGGAUCUUACCCUUUAACAAAAAGGUCUAUCUCUGUAGGGAUCCUUUCCAUAAUGUUGUCAGACACUUAGAAUAAUAAUCUGAGCCUGUCAGUGGCAAAAUCGAGCACUUUUAGUGGAUGUAACGCCUCGAAAUUGCUGUUCCCAUUAGAAAAAAAUUGGGACAGUAGGGUCCAGGUCGAAAAACACCAAAGUUACCCUUCAAUGGAUGUUUAAGAAGAUUAAAGUUUGACUGAUGGUGUCUAUUUUUGUCCACAGUGACCUGACGCUUCAACAUCAUUGCUUUGAGCAGCUUAAAUAUUUGUCGAAGCUGCAGUGCCAAACAUUGUCCCACAUUUUGACCUCAUGCCGAUCCCUAACAUUAAAUAGUGUCACAGACCAAAAAGAACCCUCAAAUCUAUUUUUGUGAUUCAUGUUUUUGUAAAAUGUAUAAAUAUUUCAUAAAGUCACAAGAGACUUUGCCGUCACACAAACUCGUUUCUUCUCUCAUACAAAGGGAAAAAUGCAAAGCAUUCAGUUUCAUCAGUGUUAUGGUGUCAUGCAUCAUCUGGUCUUUGUACAAGAGAAAUAAAGGUUGUGGGGCAUGAUG